AUGCAGACAGGGACGUGGCCACUGUGACUUGCAGCUGGAAUUGUACCUCCUAAACAUUGUCUGGCCCUGGCUGCAGGGCUGCAAGCUGCUCCUGUGCUAUGUCGCUGGGUGCUGGUGGUGCUUUCAGCAUUGCAAUAUUUGAUGGUAAUAUUAAUGUCUUUCCCCACACAGGCUGAAGGGAAGGCAGUGCUAAUAACAGGCUGUGACAAAGGUUUUGGACAUGCCUUGGCAAAACAGCUUCACGCAAAGGGAUUUACUGUUUUUGCUGGAUGCUUGCUCAUGGACGAAAAUGGAGAUGGAGCCAGGGAGCUGAAGAACAUGAAGUCAGAUCGCAUGAAAGUGCUACAGAUGGAUGUGUGCAGUGACCAGGAGGUGGCUCAGGCUGUGGAUUUCGUGAAGAGGACCCUGAAGGAGCCAGAGAAAGGUCUGUGGGGCCUGGUGAACAACGCUGGCGUCUCGACCUUCGGAGAGGUGGAAUUUGCAAGUUUAGAGAACUACAAGAAGGUGGCAGAGAUCAACCUGUGGGGCACAGUGAGGGUGACGAAGGCUUUCCUGCCACUCAUUCGCAGAGCUAAAGGCCGUGUGGUGAAUAUCACAAGCAUGUUGGGACGGAUGGUGAGUCCAUCUCGCUCCUGCUAUUGCGUUUCCAAGUUUGGGGUGGCAGCCUUCUCCGACUGCCUCCGGCAGGAGAUGUACCGCUGGGGUGUCAGAGUCAUCCUCAUUGAGCCCAGUAACUUCGUGGCAGCAACAGGCAUCCUGACGGCAGACAGCAUUGACAAACAGGCUGAGGCACUGUGGAGCGGAGCCAGCAACACUGUGCGGGAGGACUAUGGGAGGGAGUAUUUCACUCGCCACGUGGCCCUGAUGAAGUCCUUCGUUAACAGUGGCCUGAAGGACAUGUCUCUGGUCUUGAAUGACAUCACUGAUGCACUCACUUCCCCAUGCCCGAACAACCGUUACAAUCCCAUGGAGACCUACUGGUGGGUGAGGCUGCAAGUCAUGACUCACCUGCCCACUGCCAUUGCCGACUGGCUUUACAUCCCCGGAGCCACCCUGUAAAUGGCCAUCCUUCAGGCAUCCUUCCAGUGCUUCUACGUAUGCACAGGUCAGAGCUGACUUAGUCAGGGCUGUUCUGCAUCCACUGCUGAUGCAUCUCCUGUGUAGAUGUGUGUGCUUUCACUUUGGAUUAUGGUUUCAAGUCUUGUGGGAUGCUGAGAACCGCAUGGCUUUUUUCUUUUUCUUUUUUUUUGUUUCCCCCCUAAUUCUUCAGCAGUAUUCUCUGCUGACCUGAUUAAAGUUGAAAGGUAUUUUCCUUUUAACUGUGGAGGAGGCAGAGGAAGGCCAACAUAAUGGGUCAAAUACGUGGCUAGUGUAAUUAGAUCAGCAG